CUGUCAUUCCCAGUGAUAGUAGGCGGGGGCGGGGCUCAGAAUGCUUUGAACACAGAUGCUGAGCGGCUCUUCUGCUCUGAGCGUCAGUGAGGCGAACAGCACCAUGACUGCGAACGCAUACGAUGUGAUUGUGAUUGGCGGAGGCAUCUCAGGUCUGAGUGCCGCCAAGCUGUUGGUGGAGAGCGGCCUGAAUCCUGUGCUCCUGGAAGCCAGAAAUCGCGUUGGUGGAAGAACCUACACUGUUCAGAAUAAGGAGACGAAAUGGGUGGAUCUGGGAGGAGCGUACAUUGGGCCCACUCAAAACCGCAUCCUGAGAAUAGCCAAACAGUACGGCGUGAAAACAUACAAAGUCAACGAGGAGGAGUCUCUGGUUCACUAUGUGAAGGGCAAAUCAUAUGCAUUCAAAGGGCCUUUCCCUCCAGUGUGGAACCCUCUUGCCUACCUGGACUACAACAACCUCUGGAGGACAAUGGACAAGAUGGGGAUGGAGAUUCCUAAAGAAGCUCCGUGGAGGGCCCCUCAUGCUGAAGAGUGGGACAAGAUGACCAUGCAUCAACUCUUUGACCAGAUUUGCUGGACCAGGGCCGCUCACCGCUUUGCCACUCUGUUCGUCAAUGUGAACGUGACCUCUGAGCCCCAUGAGGUGUCUGCUCUGUGGUUCCUUUGGUACAUCAAGCAGUGUGGAGGCACUAUGAGAAUCUUCUCUACCACCAAUGGAGGCCAGGAGCGCAAGUUUGCCGGAGGUGCCAGUCAAAUCAGUGAGGCGAUGGCGAAAGAGCUGGGUGACCGUGUGAAGCUGGGCAGAGCUGUCUACGGCAUUGACCAGACUGGAGACCUCGUGGAGGUCAAGACAGUGAAUGAAGAGAUAUACAAGGCCAAAUAUGUUAUACUUGCCAUACCACCAGGGCUGAACUUGAAGAUCCAUUUCAACCCUGAACUGCCCCCUCUGAGGAACCAGCUCAUUCAUAGAGUCCCCAUGGGCUCAGUCAUCAAAUGCAUGGUGUACUACAAAGAGAACUUCUGGAGGAAGAAGGGAUACUGUGGUAGCAUGGUGAUCGAAGAGGAGGAAGCACCUAUUAGUCUCACUCUUGAUGACACUAAGCCUGAUGGGUCUGUGCCUGCUAUAAUGGGUUUCAUCCUGGCACGAAAAUCCAGGAAAUUAGCAGGCCUGACAAAAGAGGAGAGAAAGAGAAGGAUCUGUGAGAUUUAUGCUCGUGUGCUCGGCUCAGAAGAAGCAUUAGAUCCUGUGCACUACGAGGAGAAAAAUUGGUGUGAGGAGGAGUACUCUGGUGGCUGCUACACUGCCUGCUUCCCCCCUGGUAUCAUGACACAGUAUGGCAGGGUCCUGAGGGAGCCAGUGGGCAGGCUGUACUUUGCAGGAACUGAAACAGCCACAGAGUGGAGCGGUUACAUGGAGGGGGCUGUGCAAGCUGGAGAGAGAGCCAGUAGAGAAAUUUUGUGUGCAAUGGGAAAACUCCAUGCAAGUCAGAUCUGGCAGCCAGAGCCUGAAUCACUGGAUGUCCUGGCCCAGCCAUUUGUCACCACAUUUUGGGAAAGAAACUUGCCAUCCGUUGGGGGAUUACUCAAAUUCAUGGGCGUGUCCUCCUUCCUGGCUCUGGCCACAGCUGCAGGAGUGGUUGCCUACAAGAAGGGGCUCCUCCCACAGAGCUAAAGCCCCUCCCACUUUCACAACCUGUUCUCUGUGAGCUGGCCUUGUGAUUGUGAUGUUCAAUCACCUAAUCACGGUCAUAAUGCCACCUGGGUAUGUGGCCUAGUUACUUAGAUGAGAUUUGACACACAAUUACUCAGUCAUUGUUAAAAAUUAACCAAGUGAUUAUUAUGGCUUAAUGAGUAGCUAGUAAUUAUUAAUGUGGGAAUUACCCUGUCAAAGAAUUCACAAACUAGCCAUAUUAAAUGAACCGAACUUGUGACAUUCCACAACCAUUCAUUGCAUGUGUGAGAGCGUGGCUGCAUCCGAAAACUUAGGCAGCUGACUUGCUGCCUCGCUGCCAUAUGAGGCAAUGACUUUGCAGGCAGCAUUUUUGCACGAAGGCACCUCAUGAAACUGAUUUCGGACAGGCUUUUGAGGCAGA